AUGGAAUCCCAGCGAAUAUUGUCUUCUCCGUCGAACGGUGAUGACACGGAAACCGAUUCCAUCAGCUGUUACGUAGUGGAGGGAGCCGACCUGUCGAUAGCCGACCAUGCCACCGAGGGAGUACAGUACCGUCUGAAUGGUGUACUUGAAGCAGAACAGGACCAUUUACGAAAGGGACUUAAUCGCAUUUCGAGCGAUUCGGCGUCCACUUAUGAAAUGGUGGAUGGCGGCAGCCCGCAGUCACCUGCGUCCGGUACCAGCGAUGGGCACGGUGUGGAGGGUGACGAUGAUGACGAUGGCGAAGAUGAGGAGGACGAGAUGUGGAGCAAUAUAGUGCGCAUAAAUAAUGCGACGGUCGCAACGGUAGCUGAACUGACAGCCGGGGGCGGAGGCGAUCCAGCGGAUGAUGAAGUGAUGGCGAAUGAAAUCGAGUACGAAGUGCAGGAGGCCAGUGGGCCGGAAUGUGAACUGCUGAACCGCGAAGCGGCAGACGGUUCAGCCGGCACGAGCAGCGGAGAGUUAUUGCAGCGAAAACGAUUCGAUCUGGCGCGCUCGUCCACCAAGGAAGAGAAACAGCGCCACAACGAGGAAAUAGUGAUCAUGAAAUCGAACUCGCUCUCCUCUGACACGACCACCGCGACUAAUUCGUGGGAACCGGUCAAUGUGGACGGUUGCAGUGCUGUGGGCACCGAGCCAGAACCGGUCGAUGCAGAAGACGAUCACCAAAACGAAGCGGAGCUAGUACCAGCGCCAUCUUUCGGUGGUCCUUCCAAACCGUGCUUCAUAGAUGCAUCUUCACUGUUCGACGAUGAUGAGGUGGUGUAUCCAUCGUUCCAGGAAAGCUCGUGUUCCGCGCAGCAACAUCAUUGGUCACAGCCUACCACUGGUGAAAGCACUGUUCAACUUGCAACAAUUCUCUGUGACGAUGACAAGCUCCGAUCGGGGGCAAUCGUUGAGGAAAAGGUAGUCAAACCCAUCGAAGUAAAGGACCAAUUUUCUGCCGGUCCGUCGAACGAUUACAUAGCGACCAAACUGAAGCUUGCCGAAGCGAGUCAUCUAACCGAUACGACGGGCAAUGAUAACGAUCGUGAGGAAGUGCUCGCGCGCCAGGAAGCUGAACGAAAGCAGGGCACAUUUCUGUUUCAAAACUCAAUCCAACAGUAUUCGGGACAUCUACUGGAUUCUAGUUUGCAAUUUGCCCCUGAGGAAACUUAUAGCGAUCUUUCGCUACCAAGCGUAUACUCAUCGAGCAGUGAGCCAAACUACGGUGAGUAUAGCUCGCUCACGAUAAGCGAUAAUCAUCGCUAUUCACUGGGAGGUAGUAGCGCGGUAACCGAUGACAGAGCCAGCGGACACAUGGACAGUUUACGUGGAGGUGGGACCUGCACCAGUGGGUACAAUUCCAGCUCUGCCGAUUAUAACAGUCGCACGCAGGCCACGAGCGACGUCGAGUCAACAUCACACUAUCCGAACACACCGUUUAACUCGAUCGUACAUGUCACGUCGUCGGCUGCCAUAUCCCAGCAGAUGGUGCCUCACCGCCAGGUGCAAGAACUGAGUGAGGAUACUGGUAAUGAUACAAGCCGAGCCAGUUCGGUGGAUCGAGAAUCACACUCCACACCGAUCAGAAUUCCCAAGCGGAUGCAAAAGCACGACGAAUCGGCUCCAAUUGUGUCGGGCGGUGCAUCCAUCGAAGACUUUACUCCAAAGCAAUGCGAAAGCCCAUUGGUCCGGCGACGUACGGACACUUGUCCAAUAGUGUCUGGUGGUAGUAUCAGCUUCGACGAUCCAUCUGAGGAGCGUGCUGCAACGGCAAGGCAAUUGAGCAAGAGCGGUUCGGGUAAAUCGUGGGUGGUUGAUUUGAAAAAUUGUCCCGACGAUGAAAAAUCGGCAGUGGCCGCAGCGGUCGCAAUUGAUCGCAAUUCUCUCGAUCAAUCAGGCCAACGGAGUCUUGGGUUUUUCGUCGAUUUGGGUAGCCUCAAGACACCGGAAGAGGAAAAAUCGAUAACGGUGGUGAAUAGCAGACCGCGUACAGCACGCACGGAGUUGAUGAAGAAAUCGACCGGAUUCUACAUCGAUCUGUCGGAUGAUGGUAGCGAAAGCACACGCAGUGCUACUCCCAAGUUGGGGGGUUCAAAAAUUGAAACACCACCUCCAUCAGCGUCGGCACUGACGGGUACAUCGAGAGGAGAAUCGGAAGAUAAGCAGACUGAUCGCAAGAAUAUGUUUUCGAUGUUUAUUGACUUUGGAGGUGAUAAUGCUGGUAGCAGUAAUGGUCCAAACGGUAAACCAGCAAUGCCACGAAAGCUAUCAAUGCCACAGUCUGUACUGUCAGGCUCUUCAAACGGGAAGGAUUCGGUCCGUCCCAGCAGUCUUGGACCGACGGGUGAAGAAACGUGUAAGCCUUACUACAUGUUUGUCGGUUCGGCGGAUGCCCAACCGUCAGUCAUGCGACGUCCGAAUGGAAACGCGCCAGGUAAUGGUGCAAUUGCAGCAAGGCACGAAUCUAAACGACACUCGUGGAAUACAACCGUCGGCGAAGGAGGAGGUCUCGCAGGAGGAUUUCACGAACGGCGUAUCGCAACCAGUAGCGCUUAUCAACGAUCAACGAGUGUAACAAGCGAUCGGGGCAUUAUGAAUAUUCUGGAUAAAAUUCCUCUGCUCUCGAAAACAUCGAGCAUGUCGAUUGAUUCCUCGGUAUCGCCGUUUGAGGAUUUCACCUGCUCGAAGUCGGAGCUGAGCACCUACUCGAACCACUCGAUAUCUUCCAACUCCGCUCACUCGAGCAACGAAUCGAAGGUAUCCCCGAAAGAUGGUGCCGGUCUCGAAGGCCAACCAAUGGAAGUGCCAGCCGACGGGAUGAUGGUAUCGUCGGCAAAGAAAAAGCGCAAAGAUGCAAAAAUAAACGAAACAUUCGACAAGAGCAGCCAAGGGUCGAUAACGGAUGGUAUCCUAUCUUCAAACGAGGAUGCCUCCCCGACGUCAACCACAACCGACACGGACGAUGUAACUUUCCAAAACAAUCCGGCAGAGGAAGACGCACUUCUUCUUUUGCAGCAACCCGCCAAUGUGACCGCUAAUGAAAGUCAUGAACCAAGCGAAGAACCAAUAAAGCUGUCUGCAAUUACCGCAUCCAGUAGCACCGGCAACAGCUGCAACAAACAGAUGGAAACGAUCGUUGAGACGGUUGAAUGUUCACCUCGUCAUACAGCAGCUUCGGCUCGGAAUAAACCUCAGCACACGAUGGAAACGCUCCAUGCUACGAUCGAGAAACAGAAGCAGCUGCUCGAAACCGUCUCCGAGAAUGUCGAAUCGCACGCGUCAACCACGACCUCUUCCUUUGUGAAACUGUCCGACAUGGAUAAGCCACCGUCGGCGGCAAGUCAGUUCAUCACUACCAAGUUUGAGCUUCAUUCGAGCAGCGGUGGUGGAGGUGGUAGUAGCAGUGGCGGUGGUGGUGGUGCUGGAAGUAACAUGUCCAAUUCGGCCGGUUCCAGUCGAGUAGCCCGCCUGUUCGAAUGUCAAAAGUACAACACGAUCGGGUCGGCGAUCGGAGCUAGCAACCAAGCAAUGAGACAGCAGCAGCAGAAGGCAUCGAACUACUAUCACUCGAACGGUGGUGUAACGUCGAUGGAGCGACACUCGUGGAAUAUGUCUCGCUCGACUGGCAACAAUUUUGUGAGCCUCAUCUCUUCUUCGGUGGAAAAUUCCCGUUCGCUUAGCAGGUUGUUUCCGCACCUGUCGAAAGCUUUCAGCAGCAGUCUUCCGUCGGACGUGGGUAUGAAUGGUACGGGUCGCAACGGUCAAGAUGGUAGCGAGAUGAUGCAUUCGGAUUUUUCCUGUACAUCAAGUAUCACUUCAAGCCGAUCCGGCAUUGAAUCAAUCGAUGAGUCAAUCUCCAGCCGUCAGCCGCGCCGCCUAGGUGAGGAUCUAUUGAAGAUGUUCCUUCAGGAGAUUGCCACCGAUGUGACGAUCGAGGUCGAGACGAAGAAGAUGCGUGCCCAUAAGUGCAUACUGCGAUCGCGUUGCCAGUACUUUGCGGCAAUUCUCGCUGGGAGUUGGGUGCAGAAUGCGGGCAACGUGAUCACACUGCCCGGCUACUCGUACGCGGCGGUGCACUUUGCGUUGUGCCACAUCUACUCUGGUGCCUCCCAUCCACCGGAAGGCAUCAGUCUGAUGGAGCUGGCUGCACUUUCCGAUCUUCUUGGUCUCGAAGGGUUGAAGGAGGUAACGGCGUAUGCACUGAAAACGAACUACUGUCACAAUUUCCACAAGCCCUGCGUCGGUUGCACGGACGGUGUGUUACAAGUGCUGCCGGUUACUUUAAACCACGGUCUCGACGAACUAUAUCGCAAGUGUUUGAAGUGGGUCUGUCGGCACUAUGUGAAGAUCUGGUCACAAAAGCAAUUCUCGCAGCUGCCGCUGGACGUCGUGCAUCGCUGCAAGCAGCAAAUCGUGGCCCAUCUUAACUCCGAAAGUGUUCUUACGACGAUUCUGGACAGCGAGCAGCUGUUAACGCUACUGCACCCCUACAAGUGGUCCGUCGAGGUGGAAAACGUAGUGCGCGAUAUACUGGACACAGCAUACGAUUACAUUGCGGAUCACUUUGCUUCCUUGCUUGCCAGUGACAGUUUCCUUUCCCUUGGGCAAAACUACCGCUGGGCCAUACCUCACCUGGAGCCCAUUUUAUUGCCCGCCGCGAACAAUCUUAGCCCCGAUCAGGCAUGCAAGAGCUACCCAAGGGCCACGCGGCUACAGAAGUUACUACAGGCGAAGGUGCUAACCAUGACGACAACGACCACUACUUCUACGCCGAUGUCGUCGAGUGAUAAUACGAACGUGGUAAACAUUUACGAGAAGCAAACGAAAGCAAGUGAAGGUGCCAGCCGUAAAGAAGUGGAUUACAAUCUGCAAGAGGAAGAAAUGGAUUGGUGCGAUGAGUUUGUGGGAAUGGUGAACGCCAUCCUGUCCGCCGUGGAACAAUGCUUGAUUCGCCAAUGUGCACGAGCCAUGCGUGUUAGCUCCUGGCAGCGAAUGGACGUAGAAUUACGCAACAAGAUCCAAAAGCUGGCCUGCCUGAUGGAAACGGCGGAUGAACGAAAAUCUCGUGCACGCUAUUCUUUCUCGUCGCAAACGUCCUCCUCCUCGUCAGUUCAUUCGCGCUCGAACGAUAUGCGUCAGGUGCGAUUAGCUAUUCAAGCGCACACGAAGCGCACUAUGGAGAAUGGCCAAACAAAUCAUAACCAACCCACUAACAAUAGAACGCAGCAAACACAAACGAUGAAUACGCAUCAGAACGAGUUAAAUGCUGCUUUGCUUAAUUCACAUAAGCUUGCAAAGCAUUACGCAACUCAUGAAGCAUCAAUGGCGAUGCCGGUCAUAGAGCGCGAACGAAUGAAACAUCAACAAGCUAACCAUGCACUGGAAAAUGGACGUAUUUCGAAAACUUCGUCAAAGAGUCAUGUUCCGGAUGGGGGAAAGAAGUCGUCCGCUUCGCUCACAAACGGACGUCAAGCGGCACAUGGCAUACGGAUGGGAGUGCUUUCCAAAACAUCAAACACCACCCAGCCGGUCUCCCACAAACGAUCACAAUCGGAGGAUCAUGCAAACCUGAAACCUGCACCUACGAGCAAACCAGAACCGUUGAAUAAUUUACGUACCAAGCUGAGCAACGUUAAACCACGGUAUCUCGAACCAAAGAAACCAAAAAAUGCGGCCAAUUUACACGCGCAGAACAACAUUUCCUCCAGCGGAAGUUCCACCAGAACGUCCAGUCCGGCGAUGGGCACUCGCAAGAUGACAUCAAAACUGCAGCAACAGAAUCACGGUCACGAAUCUAAUCUUUCGCUCGAUAGCCUGUCGUCUCCGGCAAAGUUGAAGAAUGCAAACGCAGCGACCAAACCACCCCGCGCGGUCAUAGGUGAAAUGGAUGUUUCGAUCGACUCGCUGGCAGAGUCGAUAAAAUCGCACUCGAUCAAAACGAGCAACACCUUGUCCCAUGAAUCACUAAUCUACCAAGAGUACUUUAAACCGAAAGUUAUUAAUGCUAUCGAUCAUCAACCACCCGGCAAGAAUGGACUCCUGAAGGAUAAAGACCAUCAUCGUGAAAAGCGUCCCAAUAGUGGAAAGUCAGCAAGCACCGUUGUCACACGCAUGGUUGCCGGCGGUAUUAAACCGAAUCAUUCUUCCUCAUCAAUUCCUUCGGUAAUUAGCAUGCGGUCGAACGGCAUCAAUCGUACGGCAUCCUCGGCAAGCGUUGGUUCGAACAGCGGGUCGGGACUGGUGAAGCGUAGCUUUCUUUCACAACGAUCCCGUGAAAUUUUGGCACGCCGCACUCAUGAACCAAAGUCGAACUCUACGAAUUCGAGCAAUAAAUCAGCCGCUUCCUCGCCCAGUUUACUGUUGACGCGCGAUAAGUCGUCCGGCAGUGAUAUCGCGAAAUCUGGCUCAUCUGCUUCACUUACGACACCGAGCUCCGGUAGCCGGAAGGUAUUCAACACAACGCUGCAUCUGCGACGUACGGCGAAAUUGCCUGAAAGUACAGGCAACAACCGUAACUCCAAUGUAAGUCAGGAACGUAAAUUGGAUAAAAAUACGCCGAAGGGAGCCCACACUACUGGAGGAACGACAACUCGCACGAAGGGACCCUCGGGGGACAGUAGAAUCGCAAUGAAGGGAAACGUGAUGGAGAAUAAUUGUGCCCUUGUGCCGGAGGCAGGUGAUGAUGGAAUGGCUGUACCGGUGAUCGUUGAACGCAUUGAAUCUAAAUUGGAGCGUUCGAAUACAUUUUCGAUAGAUGCUUCCGAUAAUCCGUUGGCACUUCAGAUGUUAGAUUAAACACAAAACGAACGAUUGCUGGUAAAAAUCUCAUCGAAUACAAAGGAUGGCUCCACGACUCUACAUGGAAAGGUAAGCAAAAAAAACGCACUCUCUCAGAGAUGAUCGCAUUGGCGCAAAAACUACUUCUCACACCUUACUGGUACGAUGAUCUUAAAUUCUGAUUAAUUUCAUAUUUAAAACACCUACUAACUUCAUCACAAAUGUCUAGUCACAUAUUUAUAUGCAUAUACAUAGAAAAAAGGGAGGUUAAAUAAGGUUGGGAAUUGCUGCGAUUUCCAACUCGUCGCAUUAUGUGGCGGUGCAUCUUUUUGGCACCAUUAAAUAAUUUCGUUAGUAACGAUAUACUUAUCUGUUGCAAGAUAUGCUUACAUGCGUAGUUUAUCACACACGAUACGGAGAAGUUGUUGAUGAAAGAUGGUUCAACUGUUAGAAAAGAUCCCUUUAAGAGGCCAUUAUUCUAAUUGAACUCCCGCAGUUGUUAUCGUGCGCUGGGACACGCGAUAGAGUUUUUCUAGCCCGACGGGCGUGAUUAUCUCCUCCGCGGAUGAGUUGAGUCAGUGUUAAACGAAGAAAAUAAUUACUUAUCUGUUUGUUACAUUUGUGAAAGCUAAAAGAUGAAUUUAUAUCAUUUAAACUCACCCCAAAGUACUGCAAAUGAUGACCGUGGAAUGUGAAGUGGCGAUGCUAAUUUAUUCGGUAAACAACUCACUACAAUUAAACAAAUUGUUGCUUGUGUGUAUGAAUUGAGGUAUGAUCGGUUGCUCUUUGAUGUCCAUAUGAGUGUGGUGUUCGGUUUUGAACGUUUUCAUCCUAAUGAAGCCAUAGUUUUAUUCUGUAAUCGCUUUUGCACCCAGGCUACAGUUUACAAAAUGUUAUUAUAAACCGGAAUACAGAUACUAGGCGUUAAAAUGACCGAAUGAAAAUGACAUUUGAAAUAGGAACGCUCUGGCUCUGGUUGAACUUGUGGCAUGGCAGCCGAAAAAUUCCAUGUCAUGCGCUUAUUAUUUCGAUCCACUAUUAUUAACAUUUUUUUUCUAGGUAUAUAACUUUGUUUGCUUAAUAUGAAACAAUGUGAUAAUUCUAUCAUAAUGACGAUCCUCGUUUUGGUUGCUACCGUAUUCUAAUUGAACCAAGGUUAUUUUUUGCCUUACACAUUAAACGCACCUGCUUUUGCUUCAUCUUGUUCAUUUAUAAGUUCGAUUGGUUCUACAAAAGUUCCAGAAGGAUGUGUGAUAUUUAUGGAACAUACAAUAUGUAUUUCACUCCUCGCACUUUAAAUUUCCCGUCCGUAACUGAAGGUGCGUGCCAAAAUAUGUGAAUUAGUUUUUUUUUAUAUUUGUUUAACAACGUUCGUCUAUAAAAGCAGAAUCAUGAUUAUUGUGUACAACAAUUCAUUCAUUUUCUCAUACGGAUGCAAUUUUUUGCAGCAUUUUUCCUAAAAGCAUUCAGUCUAGAAAACGUUAAUCAGUAAACCCGUCACACACCUAAAAUUUAACGUUAAUCAACUAAAAAACAAGUUGAUGCGACAACACGGUCACGUUGUGAACGAUCCGCUGCAGAACUAGGUUUGCACAUUUUAUAUAUUAUUUGUGAUGCGAUCGUUUAUGAUUCGGUAGUUCUCGAUUCAUGUUUUAUCAGGCAGCUUAUUUGAUGCAGUUUAGCAAACAUAAUACUUGCACUACAUUACAAAAACAAAAAUUGGUAUCCUCCUUUGAAUCAGACCCAUAAAAAAUACUGUCUUAUUGAACAGUUUGCUGUUAAAUGUACCGUCCUAUUUCUACCAUUGAUAUUUUAAGUCAUCCAUUUCUUACGUUUCUAUCACAUUGCAAAUCAUGAUCAAAAGGCGAGGUGAUCGUCGCAGAAUGCCUAAUUAAUUAUUUUAUUUACAUGUUUUUACAUACUGUGGACUGAUCAUACAAUACUUUCGUAAUUUACUCGUCUGUUACAUCGCACUACUUAUAAUAUUGUAUUUUUUUAAUUUUACUCAGUUGUCGGUCAACGUCGUUGUUGCCGUUGUUGAGUUGACUUUUGAUUUGUUCUCUUUCUCUAGUUUUAUCGCUCUAGAUAAAAAGUGUUUUUGCCACACUUUCACAUUCCCUCCAACUUUAUACUGCGUUAGUUCGGCUAAGUUUGAUUGUUAGUACUUAAGAAUCUUGUCAUUUUGCUGUAUCUUCAUAUAAUGCGAAUCGUUUUCCAAUCUGCAAACGAACAAAGAACAAAACACAACUAUAGCUUACAGUAGGAAUUCAGGACCGAUUUGCGCUAAACACGUAAUCUAAAAUCUACAAUAUAAUAUAUAAACUGCAACAAACCACGCCAAAUGCGGUGCAAACAAAAAGAAAGAACCACUAAAGCAAGCCUAGUCAUCUGUACAAAGUUAUGUUCAAAUGCUUGCAAAACUGAAAAGAUCGCUACCAAAUGAGAAACUCGUAUAUUGUGCUGGAGUAUAGUAGAUCUUGCAGUGCAGUGACAUUAAAGUAGAUACAGCAUAAACUUUAAACAAAACAAUUAGUAUUGCAUCAAUAUUUAGCUGUGUGUAUGUGUGUGAUGAUACCAAACUAUCGGUUUGCAGUCGAAAUAUGUUUGAUUCAGUGCGCAAUUGAACCGAAAAGGAUCCUCUUGACAUUUGGAUUUGUUGUGUAAAAUGCAAGUUCAGACAUUGUGACACUAUUGAAUGACGAUCGUGACGAAUUUUGCACCAGAAGAGGGAUGUGAAUUAAAACAACAAUAAACGUU